AUGAUCGGCAUCAGACCUUUCGUUACAACUGCGUCGAAGCAGCUAAUUCACCGUGCCAGGCCCCUAGCCGCCACGGUCGCCGCGUCUAAGCAAACAAGAGAUCUGUCAACGAGCUCACCGGCCCAAGGUCCGAUUCUGUUACAAGACGAGAAUGGGUUCGGUUUCGCGAGAUCAAACCCUCGGCAAGGAAAGCCCAGAAGCAGUGGUGUAACGGAGAUUCGAGGCCCGUAUUACUCGGAGAAGCCACUACGCGAACUGAUUGACCUUGCUCAUGAGCAUGGUGUAUAUGUUUCAACGGGUGGAUGGGCUGAGCACCUGCUUACACAUCCCGAUCCGAAUACCGUGUUUGACCGGUAUCUGACGAAGUGCAAGGACUUGGGAUUCGACGUCAUCGAGCUAUCCUCAGGCUUCCUGUCUUUCCCAGAAAACGACUGGCUCCGGCUAAUCGACAAAGUCCACUCAUACAAACUCGAACCAAAACCCGAGCUGGGAAUCCAAUUCGGCGCGGGCGGUGACACCUCUGCCGCCGGACUCGAGGCGAUAGGCACUUCAGACCCGGGAAAACUGGUGAACCUGGGCCGCAAGUUUCUCGAUGCUGGUGUGAAGCGGCUGAUGAUCGAAUCGGAGGGCAUUACAGAGAAUGUCAAUUCAUGUAGUAUCGAGGAUCAUGAAGGAGCUCCCCCUGAGCGCGUCAUGUUUGAGGCGGCUGACCCCAAGGUGUUUGAUUGGUAUAUCCGCGAAUUUGGCAUCGAUGUCAAUUUGUUCGUAGAUCAUAGCCAAAUCGUGCAGUUGACGUGUCUGCGGUCUGGUAUCUGGGGCACUGCUGAUACAUGGGGAAAAAUCGUGACAUUCCGGCCGGAGUAA